AUUGUAUUACACCGCAGGUAAAUCAACAGGAAGAAGCUUCUCAGGCCUACCGCAUUCUAAGGUAUGAUACCGCCAAUAAGACUGUGUAGUGCUACUUGUCAAUUGAAUCCCAUUCGCAGCCUCACCUGGACUACCCACCGUUCCUCACAAUCACUUUUUCCGUCAGACGGUUACGGACAUACCGUUGGUCCCUUAGCCGGGUCGGAAGCUGUCCCAUCCCCCACUCUAUCAGCAGGGCCCACCCUUCCUGCCCCUCUGAUAAGCGACACUGUAUUACCGGUAUACCAUUUUCAGGAUGGCGGGCUGCACUACAACGGGCAUUUCCACUCGGGUUUUAAUAAUAAUGCUCUGGGCUAAAUUUUAUUCCCCAACGACCCAAUUAAUUUUCCCCAUCAUUAACGGCCCAACCAGCAGCGCGCUUUAACAUCCCGUCUCGGGGUAGCUUGGUAACUUAGCCUCCUGUCCUUCCCCACUUCCUCUCCUGCCACGGCUACGGUUGCUCCUCCUCCAUCUGUCCACUGCACCGCUUCCUACCCACGCCUGCAACAUCCACCACCACCCCCGAACCUUCACGGACCCCUUUUCACGGUACAAAUAACGGACAACCUCCCCUCGUUCCCGAUACUUGUUCAUCAUUUCUUCAUAUCAUCAAGGGAAUUCAGAAUACAAAAUGACCACCUUCUUCGCUACCGCUAAACGCUCGUUCAAGGAUGUUGGUGUUGAGGGGGAGCAAAUUCAGACCACGGAGUUUCUUCAAGCUUCCGAGUCGGUCGUUACAUUGUUUGGUAUUCCUCCCCCCGGUUCAAUUAGCAAUUGGGGCGGAUGAUGGGAUGCUAACUGCUGCCACUAUAGACCACCUCGGAUCAACGGCCUUUGCAGCUGUACAAAAGGACAUGACCGGGAACAUCAAGGUAUCGUAGAUUCACGCGUUGAUUCCCUCUCGCCCCGUCCCACCGUUGACCCAUCUCUACCCCAAACAUUUUCCCUCCAUUGAAACGAAACAACUAAUCAAUUCACAACAGAAAAUCCGCGACCGCCAAACCUCCCAUCCAAAUAAAUCCGACACCCUCCAAAAUCUCUGCACAAACGAGCUCGCAGAGGGCAAACAUACAGCAACCGAAGGCCUUGUCUGGCUCCACCGGUUCGUCCGAUCCCCCAUCCCCUAGUCUCAGGUUCACACCCAAAUUAACUCAGGGUUACUGUUUCUACGGCCAGCGGACUUGAAUUUACCGAAAAGGCCCUCCGCAAAAACAUCGACAACCCCAAUGAAGAACUUGCCACCUCGUUUACUAAUGCCUACGGCGAGACGCUCAGGAAGCACCACAACAUGAUCGUCAGGGGCGUGUUUGGGCUUGCAAUGAAGGCGUGCCCGUACAGGGUGGACUUCUACAAGAAGCUUGGUGAGGACGCGACGGAGGUUAACACUCAACUGGGGGAGUGGCUGACAGCUCUGGAGUUGACCAACGGGAUUUUGUCCAGAUAUCUUGCUGGCGUUAGCUGGAAAUAG